AUGUCAGUCACCAGCGCACCACCAGGCUCCGUCUCACAAAAGAGCGUUAGCCUCGAUGAGAUAUGGCCUGAGCUUCACGAUGGCAUGUACAAGAUCAUCACAGACUUGUAUAAGGGCUUUCCCCGAGAGAAGUGGAUGUUACUAUACACACAUGUUUACAACUAUUGUGCAGCUUCACAAUCCAAGUCGGGAGUGAUGAAGGUUAGCAGCACGACAAAGCAGGCGGCACCUGGCGCAAACUACGUCGGCGAGGAGCUGUACAGCAACCUUAAUCACUUCCUCAAGGGACACAUGAAGGAUCUGCUCAAGGUUGCAGAGACCAAGAUGGAUGAGUCAUUGCUCAACUAUUACUAUUCCGAAUGGGAUCGCUACACUUGUGCAAUGAAGUACAUCAACAAUAUAUUCCAGUAUCUGAAUCGAUAUUGGAUCAAGAGAGAGAUAGAUGAUGGAAAGAAGGAGGUCUAUGAAGUGCUGGUCUUGUCAUUGGUUAUCUGGAGAGACUGUUUGUUCGGACCCCUGAAGACCAGGUUAACCUCAGCUCUACUGGAGCUGAUUGAAAGCGAGAGGAAUGGAUAUCAGAUCAACACAUCAUUGGUCAAGGGUGUGAUUCAUGGUUAUGUGAGCCUCGGAUUGAACCGCGAGAAGCCAAAGGAAACUAUACUUCAAGUUUACAAGUCUAGCUUUGAAGAGCAAUUCUUGGCAUCGACAGAGAACUACUACACCAACGAAUCAAUGAAGUUUAUCUCGGAGAACACUGUCGCCGACUACAUGAAGAAGGUAGAGUCGCGUCUUAACGAGGAAACAAAGCGAGUUCAACAGUAUCUACACCAAAGCACAGAGACAGAGCUGAUUACAAGGUGCGAGAAGGUGUUGAUUGAGAAGGUUGUGGAGAACAUUUGGGGCGAGUUCCAGACAUUGUUGGAGACCGACAAAAUAUCAGACCUCACCAGAAUGUAUGCAUUGUUGUCUAGAAUACCAAGAGGUCUCGAACCACUCAGAGCGACCCUUGAGAAGCAUGUUCAGAAUGUCGGACUACAAGCCGUGUCUGCGAUUGGAUCUGCUGGCACUGUUGACCCAAAGCUGUACGUCGACACACUGUUGCAGGUGUUCAAGAAAUAUAAUGAUUUGGUCACUGGAGCAUUCAGGAGCGACACUGGAUUCGUCGCAUCACUUGAUAAAGCCUGUCGAAGAUUUAUCAACGAGAACGCUGUCACACAGGCCGCCAAGUCGUCGUCCAAGUCACCGGAACUGUUGGCUAGGUACACGGACUUUUUGUUGAAGAAGAGCGCCAAGAACCCCGAGGAGUCAGAGAUGGACCAUCUGCUCAACGAGGUGAUGACAGUGUUCAAGUAUAUCGAGGACAAGGACGUGUUCCAGGAUUUCUACUCCAAGAUGUUGGCCAAGCGUUUGAUACAUGGCACGUCGACAUCGGAGGACCUGGAAGGUGUGAUGAUUGGCAAGCUAAAGUCUACGUGUGGCUACGAGUACACAUCGAAGCUCCAGCGUAUGUUCACCGAUAUGUCUCUAAGCCGCGAGUUGCUGGACCGAUUCAACACGCACGUGGAGCAGGUCGAGCAGACCACUCUGGGCGGCAUCGACUUUAGCGUGCUGGUGCUGGCCACAGGAUCGUGGCCGCUGCAGCCACCCGCCACCAACUUUAGCAUCCCCAAGGAGUUGCAGUCGUGCGAGCAGCUGUUCCAGAAGUUCUACCAGGUGCAGUACUCGGGCAGGAAGCUGAACUGGCUGCACCACCUCUCCAAGGGUGAGCUCAAGACAAAGUAUCUGCCCUCCAACAAGACCGGUUACACACUCCAGUGCUCCACCUACCAGAUCGGUGUGUUGCUGCAGUUCAACUCGGUCGAAGAGCUCACCAACGAGGAGCUACAAGGUUCAACUCAACUGACCGAUGGUAUUCUGAAGAGUACCCUUGUUACACUGUUGAAGUCAAAGAUAUUGGUAUCAGAUAAUGAUGGCGAGGAGGAGUUUGGCAAGACAACCAAGUUCUCGUUGAACAAGCAGUUCAAGAAUAAGAAGACAAAGAUAUUCAUUAAUGUACCCGUGCUCGCCCAGGUCAAGGAGGAGAUUGACACUACACACAAGACGGUGGAGGAGGACCGCAAGCAUCAGAUACAGGCGGCAAUCGUGCGCAUCAUGAAGAUGCGCAAGCAGUUGUCCCAUAGCAGUCUGAUGUCCGAGGUGAUUGCUCAGCUGCAGACGCGAUUCAAUCCCAAGGUCAAUGUUAUCAAGAAGUGUAUCGAUAUAUUAAUUGAGCGAGAGUAUCUCCAGAGAGUGGAAGGACAGAAGGAUAUGUACAGUUAUGUAGCUUAA